GUCGCGGAGUACGAUUUCGUGCUCUGUCUAUGUGCACAGUAGGUACUGGCAGCACAAGUCGCGGAGUGAAUAUAGAUGACCGCUGUGUACAAUUGUGUACAAGUACUGUGUGUGUGCAGUCAACGAAGACAGCAGCAGCAGCGACGGUCAAAAAGCUUUUUUGUGUAUACAACGUAUUCGCGACUAAAAAUUGUCGCGCUGAUUACAUCUCUCUGUGCAUAAGAAGCUCGUUGUGCGAGCUCGACUCCGAAGUGUACCUGCCUCUGCGAUUGCUACGGAAGAUUUCACACAUCGAUUUCCUGCGUCGAUGCAGCUCCGAAGCCCUGUUAUUAUUUUAUUAUAAAUACACACACUCGUUUUUCGUAGUAUGAAAGUUCCGAUCGAAUGAUUCGGUGUCACGGUAUAUAAGCUGCAGUGUGCUGUGCGCGCGGAGACAAAAUAUAAUAAAAAGUAGGCGUGCGUUUUAUAGUAAACAAAGGGCAAUGCACUGCUACUACUACCAAGAAGACGAUCACGAAGACGUGCCACUACGCAGCUGUCAACGGUGCAGCGAACCCGAAUGAUCCUCGUUGCUGUUUGAUUUGACAUUUGCGAGUGGUCUCGAUCAGCCGAUACAACUUACUAUAUACCAGUACAUCGAUUUAUAUCGUAUAUUAUUUAAGUGACUAUCAACGAGCGAGCGCGCGGCGAGCACCGACGAUCAUGAAUCUGACCGCGGGUAAUCCUUACGGCAACGGCCUGAUUUAUGCCGGCUUCAAUCAAGAUCAGGGAUGUUUUGCUUGCGGCAUGGAAAAUGGCUACAGAGUUUACAACUGCGAUCCACUGAAAGAGAAAGAACGCCAUGACUUUGGCGAAGGAGAUUUAGGCUACGUCGAAAUGCUAUUUCGGUGUAAUUACUUGGCAUUUGUUGGUGGAGGCAAAAAUCCCAUGUACCCAACAAACAAAGUGGUAAUUUGGGAUGAUCUAAAGAAAGCACCAGCAAUAACAUUAGACUUCAAUGCACCUGUUAAAGGUGUGAAAUUAAGAAGGGACCGUAUUGUUAUUGUUUUAGAGGGUGUGAUCAAAGUUUAUACUUUUACUCAAAACCCUCAGCAGCUUCAUGUUUUUGAAACAAAUGUAAAUCCAAAGGGACUGUGUGUACUUUGUCCAAAUAGUAAUAAUUCAUUAUUAGCUUUCCCUGGAAGAAAAAGUGGGCAUGUCCAAGUUGUGGACUUGGCAAAUACAGAGAAACAACCAUUAGAUAUAGAAGCUCAUGAGACACCUUUAGCUUGUAUAGCAUUAAAUUUACAGGGUACCAGGUUGGCUACAGCUUCAGAAAAAGGCACGUUAAUAAGAGUUUUUGAUUCUCAAAGUGGAAACAUGAUUAAUGAGUUGAGAAGAGGCGCAAAUCAUGCCAACAUUUACUGUAUAAAUUUCAAUCAUGAUUCAACAUGGCUAUGUGUUGCAAGCGAUCAUGGUACAGUUCAUAUAUUUGGUGUUGAAGAUCACAAAUUGAAUCGUCAAUCUAGCUUAGCUUCAGCUACAUUUUUGCCAAAGUACUUUAGUUCCAGUUGGAGCUUUUGCAAAUUUCAAGUCCCAGGUGGGCCUCAAUGUAUGUGUGCAUUUGGAUCAAACAACAGUAUCAUAGUUGUGUGUGCUGAUGGCAGUUACUACAAAUUUGUUUUUAAUAACAAGGGAGAGUGUACACGGGAUUUUUAUGCGCAGUUUUUGGAGUUGACCGACGACAAACUGUGACUAUCAAAUUCCUGGAUUUGGGAAUAAAGACUAAUAAUCGCGUGAAAUAUCAUCCUUAAUAUAAUACGUGCUUUGCACGACAUCACUUCCAUUCCGUGUGUGAUUAUCCAUUGUAAGUUAGCAAAAACAAAUUACAAGGUAUAUGAAGAUGCGAAUACGUCCAAAAGUGAAAUUUAAUUUGAAUAUUGAAUUUGAAAGUCAUUGUUAAAAUUGAAUACUGCUCAUUUCAAUGAUUGGAUGAAAAUUAACGUCAACGUCAGUCUUGUGAAAGAGCAAACUUGUUGAAAACUUUUAAACACAUCUACAUUCGUUGAUGUUUAAAUAAGUCUAUACAAACUAUAAAAUGUUAAAUUAGACUUUGUAUUUCUGUUAUUAAAGUAAAUCAAAUUUUUGAAUGGUAAAAAAAUUAAUAUUUCUUCUGAUCUAUUCAUUAGUAAAUGUAAUUCAAUCAUGUUGAACUGCAAAAGUCCAUGAUAAAAGAAACUUCGAAAUAUAACUAAUUAGAGAGUAAGUUUUGAAUCAAUUUUGAAAAUUUUUGAAUGUUUAUAUUAUAGUGUAGUCUAUACGUAUCUUUAUAUAUGUAUAACAUUUGUUGAUUAAUUAUAGCCUUCAUCUAAUUAUGGUAAGCAUAAACGUAGCUUACCCACAUCAAAUGCAUUAUGAAAAAGACUGUUGACGUUAAUUUAUAUAUAUUUAUAAACCAUACAUUCUCUAUCAUAACUCUGAUCUAUAAAUGAGCAACAGGACUGCUGCAUAUCUCACUUGUGAUACUGAUACGUCGUUAGCUUUGCAAAUUAAUGUACCCGAGCCUUCUUCUCGUGUUAGUCGGACUGUUUUACCUUUUAGCAAUGAAUACUUAUAUUCUGUACAUAAUUUACUUUUAGAAAGAUGUAACAAUUUAUUAUAUGAAGAAUUGUAUUAAUUUUGAUGAUCCAAAAAAAUCAAAACGACAUAUGAAUAUCGCACUGCGAUAAUAAUCAUGAUAUGAAAAGAUGUAUAACGAAAAAUAAUGUUUGCUGGUAACGAAUCGUUCGAUAAAUUACAUUGAAUAAAAUUUCGAGGCAAAAAACACAUGAAAUGCUUUAUUGGAUAUUACAUUCAUCGUAUUUUAUACUUAAAAACAUUAUUGCAUAAUAUUAUUGAUGCGAACUUCGACGACUGUUUUGUUACACAUAUACACAUGUGUCGUCGAAAAGAAAUGAAUAAAUCGAUAGUCUUAGUGUAAGCUUUUGAGUUUUAAUACAUUAUUUCGAUAAAUUUUGAGCAUUUUUCGUAUUACGUUGCGUGCACUCUUAUAAAAAGUGUACUCUACCUUAAAAAAAUUAAUUUUUAAUUUUUUUUCACUCAAUGCCUGUCCCGUGCAUCUAAUUCGAAAAAAUUAUUUU